UUACGCAAUCCACCCAAUGGUAUAAAAUGGCUUACAGCUACAAAGAGAGCUCUAACUUGAAAGUUCAAAACUGCUCCUGCAGCGACACACACACGACAGAAUAUUACUGUUCUAAACUUCGAAGAAAAUAACUACAAUGUCUUCAAUUAAGACGGAUCGUUUUCAAUUAUCAAUGAGCUUAUCAUCAGCCUCAAGCAGUGCUACUGGAAGAAACCGCCAUUCUUCCUUCACUCACUCAAUGUCGCCGGCGACAUUAGAGGCUAGAGUUGUAUGCGACAAGUUAUUCGAGAACCUGCAACUCCUCAUUCAAUAUAUGGACUUUCCCAAUCUUGCUCCUUUUGUCCUCAGGCACAAGCUAAUGACUGGAGAAGAAUACAGUCGUCUCACUGGACUGUGGGGAGGGAGACAUCUCCAAGAAGCAAUUAUUGAGUUUCUUUUGACUGUGAGGCACAAACCUGAUUGGGGACGCAAACUUAUCACUGCACUUGAGGACUCUGUAACACAGCACAGUGAUGGGUCAAUUCAUCUUGGUCAUGUGUACAUUUUGAAGGAGCUGAAAGAAUGCAAAGCUCAUUUUGCUAGUGGCCUAGAAAAGGUCACAAGUGAGCUUGAAUCACUCCUUCAUUCUGUAGAUACUUACAGCAGCUUGAGGAAUAGGCAUACUGUUGGACUCCUUACAACUUACCUUCCCCUCAUCAUGCAGUAUACUGAUAUUGAUAUCAUCCUGCCAUUUCUCAAAGUCACGCGUAUGCUAACAGAUGAGGACUACCAGCAACUCAAGAAGAUGUGGCUGAGCAGUCAAAGGAGAGAAGCAAUUGAGACUCUUCUCUUUGUCAUGAGCAGAAAAUGCCCUGAGUGGGAGGACUGCUUUGUCAGUGCACUGCAUCAGUCUUUGCACUCGGAGUAUGGUGACUAUCACGAAGGACACAAGCACAUAUUGGAGAUACUGUUCCAUGGAGAUGAUGAGGAAUUGAAUCAACCUCGUUUAAGAAGAGCCAGUUGCCAUUGUGACUGUCAUCAAUACACGGAGACAUUACCAGCAGAAAUAUCCAGUGAAGAGGCAGCUGCAAGUGCCAGUCAAAAAGCUGCUCUCGAGUUUCGUCAGAAUGCAACCGAAACAAUUCAAGGACUUUUUAAAGAUUUGGACAUGUGCUUAAAAACACUAGAAACUACUCAUACUGUUAAUGUGAAAUGGUUACGUGAUGUUUCUGCUCAACUGGAAUCUCUCUCCACCAUCUGUUCUACCAUGAUGGACAAAUGCCAGCACAAAAGGAUACAGCAGGGUAUUAAGAAAAGUCUUGGACAAUUGGAGAUUGGUGCCUCUGCCUUUGAGUCUCAAGUUGACAGGCACUCGAGGAAAUACGCUGAUAAGAACCAAAAAGGUAAUGAUUUCGUGAUAAGACCCUCGUGGGUUGACUUCAAGGAGCUCAAUGAUCAAAUGCAUAAUCUUGAGGAAUACAUUUUGGAACUUUUGGAAUGGACUGACACUGCGUUUGCUAUACUCUACCCCCACGAUGACCUCAUUUUCAUCAGAGAAUGGGGCCGCAUACAAUAAUGAAGAUAACCAGCCAUUGACCCUUUAAAUAGGCAGCUGGUCUGACCGCUCUAUAAGAGAUGAACCGGUUUCAUCUUCCCUAUACCCCCCCCAAGACCGGGACAAAGGCUGGUUAUAAGAUUCAUAGCAAAGUUCCCUCAUGUGUAUUAAUGUCACAAUCCUGGCGCUUGUGACCCCUUCUUUGAAGACUUGGUGGGCUGGAUCCACAUUAUUCCUUUCUACUUUCCCUUAUGUCAUUCAUACCUUAAGGACAUUUGCAAGCUAGUCUUGCUGAUAUUGUUUUAUUAAGGAUCAUCCCAAAAUGAACCAUCAUCGCAACACAUUAUACACAAAUGGACAGUUUGACAACUCAUGUAUCAUACAACAAUGCAUUAUU